UCAGCCUUGAAUCUAAAGUUUUACUCCACAGAUUCAAAAGCAGUAAUUAAACUAAGAAAGAGUUAAGUUGUCCUCAAAUACUAAUUAGUAUUUGGAGUAAAUAAUUAGUUACAUAUUUAUUUAUUGUCAGUAGAAAGGGAAAAAAAACUGGCAGAUCCCAUCCACAGCAUUUAUUGUCUCCAGCAUUGUUUUUCUUCAAUCCUCAUCUCCAAUUGGAUCUCAAUCCUCUUAAUCCAAUUCAACAGCAGAUGAAUUACCAUUGAAAUUGAACCCUGAAUCUAACUCAAAACAAUGGAUAUUGCAAUACCGAUAAUCAACAACAACACUUCUCUCAAAGGUCAUCAUCAUCUCAAAGACAACGACAAACACGACCGUCGACGAACCACCAACAACCUCAAUUACAAGAUCCAGUUCUUAAAACCACUACUAAUCUUCAUCGUCGCAGCCGCAUUCCUGCUAUCAAUCCUAAUCACCGCCGCAUUCGGAAUCGGAAGUCUAAUCAUACACAACACGAAAUCAACUCCGUCGGAAUUAACACUGGACGAGACAAUGGAGUUGCUCAAUCUCGUCUGCAACGUCACUCAUUAUCCGGUUUCAUGUAAACAUUCGUUAUACCAAGAGAUCGUCGGUCCAGCGGUGGAUAACCCGGCGAGGCAUUACGCCGACGGGAUAUUCAAACUAUCGUUGACGGUUGCCACGAGAGAGUUACAGAACAUGUCUUCGUCGAUUCCGGCGGUGGCGGUGAAUCUGAAAGUGAAUCGGAGAGAUGAGCGGGUUAAAGUCGAAGCUGCGUUGAGGGAUUGCAGGGGACUGAUUGAGGAUGCGAUCGAUAAGAUUGAGACAUCGAUAUCGUCUAUUGAUGAGAAGGAAGAGGAGUAUGAAAGAGAUAAGAAGAGGUUGUUUAUGGUGUCGGAGUCGAAGAAGAUGGUGAAUGAUAUACGGGGAUGGGUGAGUGCUGCACUCACGAAUACGGAUACUUGUUUGGAUGGAUUGGAAGAUGUCUUGGAUAAUGAUGAGAAUUCCAAGAUUUUACCUGAAGAUUUGAAGAUUGUGAUGAUGAAUUCGAAAGAGUAUGUUACUAAUUGUUUGGGGAUUGUUUCCAAUUUUGAUACGGUUCAUAAGAUUAUCAACUGGAAUCUUCAUCGGAAUUCUUGAUUUUGAUGCAUUUCUGAAAACGGCGGGCAAUUGUUCGCCGCCGAAAACCAACAUACAGUUGCACCUCUGGAGUUGCACCCACACCCACUUCAGUUGCAACUAGCAGAGCUGUCAAUCAAUCUGGCCACCAUUUGGAUUAGCACCUUCCUGCAGAGAUGGCAAAAGAUUUAACCUUGAAAUUAUCUUUGGGAUGUCCACCUAAAGUAAAAAAAUUCAAGAUUGCUAUGAUAAGAAGUGGGGCGAACCUACAGUUUUAAAGAGACUCCACAUUAGUCGAUUUCCACGACUUUUAGUUCAACAACAGCUCCACCCUACUUGUGUCUCUUAUGUAGGAUAAUGUUGCAGACAUUCUCGAAACUGCUUCAUCUUGUGUCUCUUAUGUAGGAUAAUGUUGCAAACACAACUUCAUUAAAACAAACAGAUUAUGAACACCACAAUACCAUAAUCACAUAUACUCCAAUUGAGUCCCCAAUUGCCAAUUUUAAAAAAUACCUCAACUUCUUUUAAAUUUAGCUUAAAAAAUUCACAUCCUCUUUUAGGUACUCUAAUGAUCCAGAGAUUACGAGGAUCCUCUUUCUUUUGAAGAUGUCCUUAAACUUAGUAAACAUUCUAGCCCUGCAAUCAAGGAACUUUGGUUGAGAUUUGGUUUAUGAGGAAUGGUUACUGUUAUGAUGAUGAAAAACCAGAUCCUGUGAAGAUUCAAAAGAAAAUUCAGAAAAUUGUUCAUGAUUAGAUUAAGAGGAACCUUGUGGGGAAAUGAUAUUGAAAGAAACAUCUUGCUAUUUCAAUAUAGAAAGAUGAGAUGUCUCAGGAUUAUUGAGUUAUUCUUCAAUUUGCCAGCUGAAAAUGUAAUACUCUUGUGCUGUCAUGGUGCCUCCAAAGAAAAUGCUGGUAUGAGUUUGUGGUUAGCAAUUGUGAAAGUGCUUUUGUGUAUGCAGAGUGUGGUGGCCUAGGAGUCACCACUAACUUCAUUUCUGAAUUUAUAGCUACCAUAUGUGCUCUUAAGCAUAGAA